AUGGCAGUCGACGACGCUACCUAUAAUCAACACCUUCACCACCGCGGGUCGGUAGACCAGCUGUUUGAGCUGGUGGAUGGCCUCGACGAUACCCAGAUUCACUCUUUACUGGAGGAUUUUAACAAUACCGUCUCGAGCAAUGUUCCUGUCUCUCACGGUAUCGAGUUUUUCGAACACCCGAGCUCUAUGACAAGAGCAAAGACUACACCAACGACGACCACGACGACAACAGCAGAACCUACGAGAUCGUCUUCUAUUCGCAAGAGCUUUAAUAAGCUGCCUCGAUUGUUUACGCGCUCACCGAGCAAGAGAUCUGCCUCGGCACCAAUACAGCGUCCCCAGACUGGUUUGCCACCUGCGACACGACACUACCGACGAAUCAGUCGGCCUGUGCUGCCUUCACUCGCGAACGGCCCAGAUUUGGACGCUUUACUCUCAGCCUACCUGUCGCCUGCACCACCUUCAACCUCGCACAAGACCAUCUCCCCAUCAAGGUCGAUAUCCAGCAGUUCUACUCUAAGCAUCGAAGCGGAAGACUCUGGCGUUGAUUCGCUUGCACCCCUGGUCUUUGGCAGACCACAAAGGGAAGAGAGCCCGAUGGGCGACAUCAUGGAAGUGUUGUCUUUCUAA